CGACAACAAGCUUGAAGUGCUCAGUCAUUGUUCAGAGUCCUCUUGGGUUGUUUUUAUAUGAUCCAGAGACUAAUAACAAUGAGGAGUUUAGUCCUGUUUGUUCUGGCGGCUUUGGCCCUCACCAACGACGCUCUUGUCCGAAUUCCCUUAAAGAAGUUCCGUUCGAUCCGUCGUGAGUUGACCGACUCGGGGAAGAAAGUGGAGGAGCUCCUGGCCGACAAACAGUCCCUUAAGUACAACCUUGGCUUCCCGACCAGCAAUGGACCGACUCCAGAAACCCUGAAGAACUACCUUGAUGCCCAGUAUUACGGUGAGAUCGGACUGGGAACCCCUCCUCAGACCUUCACCGUGGUGUUCGACACCGGCUCCUCCAACCUUUGGGUUCCCUCCGUUCACUGCUCCCUGUUAGACAUCGCCUGCUUGCUUCACCACAAAUAUAACUCUGCAAAGUCCAGCUCGUACGUUAAGAACGGAACCGCCUUCGCCAUCCAGUAUGGAUCUGGCAGCUUGUCGGGCUACCUCAGUGAGGACACAUGCACAAUCGGGGACAUAGCGGUGAAAAGCCAGCUGUUCGGUGAGGCCAUUAAGCAGCCAGGCGUCGCUUUCAUCGCGGCUAAGUUUGACGGGAUCCUCGGCAUGGCGUACCCUCGCAUCUCCGUGGACGGGGUGGCGCCGGUCUUUGACAACAUCAUGAGCCAGAAGAAGGUGGAGCAGAACGUCUUCUCCUUCUACCUGAACAGGAACCCCGACACCGAGCCCGGCGGUGAGCUGCUGCUGGGAGGAACCGACCCCAAAUAUUACACCGGAGAGUUCAACUACGUCAACGUCACCCGUCAGGCCUACUGGCAGAUCCACAUGGACGGGAUGGCAGUGGGCAGCCAGCUGAGUCUGUGUAAAGGCGGCUGCGAGGCCAUCGUGGACAGCGGUACGUCUCUGAUCACCGGCCCGUCAGCCGAGGUCCGAGCCCUGCAGAAGGCCAUCGGAGCCACUCCUCUCAUCCAGGGAGAGUACAUGGUGAACUGUGACAAGAUCCCAUCUCUGCCCGUCAUCUCCUUCACCCUGGGAGGAAAGUCCUACACUCUGACCGGAGAGCAGUACGUCCUGAAGGUGGCUCAGGCUGGAAAGACUAUUUGUCUGAGUGGCUUCAUGGGUCUGGACAUCCCCGCCCCCGCCGGGCCCCUGUGGAUUCUGGGAGACGUUUUCAUCGGGCAAUACUACACCGUCUUUGACCGAGACAACAACAGGGUCGGCUUCGCCAAGUCCAAAUAAGCUCGUCCUGCAUGAGUGAGAGGAAAGCUAAAAAAUCCAAGUUUAUUGAGAGGAUAUAAAAAAAAAAAAAUCUGUGCUGCACGUUUUCUGUUGCUUAGCAAUCAAACAGUAUUUAGCAAUAGAUUUUGUGUAGAGUCUAAAUGCACUGAUCCGAAGAUUUUAUGAUUUUUUUGGCAGAGUGAGACAGAUAGGAGAUUUGAUACGUUGUGUGAUGUGUGUGUGUGAUCAGGUAUCUGUGGGUUGUAACGGUACCGACCUGUUCAAACAUCUUUAGUCUUUUUUUUUUUUUUUUUUCUAAAAUUAAAUCAGGGACCUGUUGUUGUUUUUAAAGAGGGAUUUUAAUUUGCAUUUUAGGGAAAGUCUUUUUUGUGGGAUGUAUCUUUUUAAUGUGAUUGGCCUGAAUAAACUAUUUUAAAAAGAUAA